AUGGCGAAACCUCAGAAUAUUGAGGAGGAGUAUAGCGACGAUACUUCGUCCCAAGAAUUUCAAGAAGAAGGCUCCGACGUCCCUUCAAUCAACAAUAGUGCAGCGGAACUUGCAGACCGACCUGCGAAGAGGAGACGAGUAUCUGUAUCCUCGAACGACUCGGAAGACUCCAACACAGAGAACUACACCCCAAUCGCGCCGUUACCAAACAUAUCCCGUAUAAAGAAGAAAAGUGAUGUAUCAUCCAUUUCGAAUGUGCCUUCGGCCGAAGAACCGGUCUCGAGUCGAGAUGCUCGAGACAUUGGCCUACAGGUAACGGACUCGACCUUUGCGACUCUCAACGUCGCACCGUGGCUGGUUAAAUCUUUAUCUACAAUGGCUAUCCGACGGCCAACCGCUAUUCAGAAGUCUUGUAUUCCCGAGAUCUUGCAAGGAAAAGAUUGUAUUGGUGGUAGUCGAACUGGUUCCGGAAAAACGAUUGCAUUCGCAGUGCCAAUUCUACAGAAAUGGGCUGAAGAUCCAUUUGGCAUAUACGCUGUCGUAUUGACACCCACUCGUGAACUUGCGCUACAGAUUUUCGAACAGUUCAAGGCCAUUUCGGCUCCGCAGAGUCUAAAACCAGUCCUCAUCACAGGCGGCACAGACAUGCGGCCUCAGGCUAUCGCACUUUCACAACGUCCUCAUGUCAUUAUCGCCACUCCCGGGCGACUAGCAGAUCACAUUCGAACAUCAGGAGAAGACACCAUAGUUGGAUUGAAUAGAGUUCGGAUGGUUGUCAUGGACGAGGCUGACAGACUACUAACCAGCGGACAGGGAAGCAUGCUUCCAGAUGUCGAGACAUGUCUCUCUGCGCUCCCGCCUUCGAGCGAACGUCAGACUCUUCUGUUCACUGCGACAGUCACCCCUGAGGUCCGCGCUCUGAGGUCAAUGCCACGUCCCGCCAACCGCCCUCCCAUUCAUGUGACCGAGAUCGGUACAGAAAACCAUGCCCCAAUUCCACCAACCCUCAACCAAACAUACCUUCAAGUGCCCAUGACACAUCGCGAAGCUUUUCUCCAUGUCCUCCUUUCAACAGAACAAAACUCCACCAAACCCGCCAUCAUCUUCUGCAAUCGUACCAAAACCGCUGACCUUCUCGAGCGAAUGUUGCGCCGGCUUUCUCAUCGUGUGACAUCCCUCCACAGCCUUCUACCACAAUCAGAACGAACAGCCAACCUUUCCCGAUUCAGAGCCAGUGCAGCACGUUUACUAGUCGCUACGGAUGUGGCGUCUCGUGGUCUAGAUAUCCCCAAUGUCAGCCUUGUCAUCAACUUUGACGUCCCCCGAAACCCUGAUGAUUAUGUCCAUCGUGUGGGUCGUACGGCUCGUGCUGGCCGAACUGGUGAAUCCGUGACACUGGUUGGUCAACGAGACGUGCAGCUAGUGUUGGCAAUCGAGAAAAGAGUCGGAAGGCAGAUGAUUGAGUGGGAGGAAGAAGGUGUCAGUGUUGAGACGAGGGUGAUUAAGGGUGGCGUCUUGAAAGAAGUGGGCGAAGCCAAGCGGGAUGCCGCUCGUGAGAUUGAUGAGGGCAGGGACGUAUUGGGACGUCGCACAAAUAAGCUCAAAAAAAUUCGAUGA